AUGUAUCUGUUGGGAGGUCUGUCCAGCCUUGGGAAAUGCGUUACAGAUCGUAGGAGUUGUAGAAAGGACACUGGUGUCUAUCUCCUAAAUAUCCCCCCAGCCCAAAACAGUGUUCUCGUUCUGUCUCACGUGCAAAACCCAUGCCAGUUCCUUUCUGUGACUUUCCUGACAGGAGCUGGUGACCUGACGGGGGAUGCUAUGGGCUAUGUGACAGGCGUGCUGGCCGUGCUGAUACACGCUGCCUACCUGGUGCUCAUUCAGAAGACCAGUGUAGACAGUGAAUACGGACCCCUGACAGCCCAGUAUGCCAUUGCUGUGUCAGCCACCCCUUUUCUCAUCAUCUGCUCCUUUGCCAGCAUGGAUUCCAUCAAUGUCUGGUCAUUCCCAGGGUGGAAGGACCCUGCCAUGGUAUGCAUCUUUAUUGCUUGCAUCCUGAUUAGCUGUGCCAUGAACUUCACCACCCUUCACUGCACUUAUAUUAACUCAGCUGUGACCACCAGCUUCGUAGGGGUGGUGAAGAGCAUAGCAACCAUCACAGUGGGCAUGGUGGCGUUCAAUGAUGUGGAGCCCACAAAGUUAUUUAUAGCCGGUGUUGUGGUCAACACCUUGGGAUCUGUCAUUUACUGCGUGGUCAAGUACAUUGAGACCAGACAGCAGAGCAAAUAUGAGGACCUGGAGAAAGAAUCUAGCGAAGGGGAGGUGAAAACGCAGGCUGGGGACCAAGAACUUUUUCAGAUGGAAGCAAUUUCCCAGGAGAAGAGGACUGAGGAAGCAGCAGUGGAAGGAUCAGCCGUGGAGGACAGCCAGAGUGGAGGGGAAGAGAAGGCACUGAGAAGCACUGAGAAGCCUGCCAAGAGAGCAGUGCUCCAGGGAAGGGCCACUGGCACACAAGAAGUGAACAGGAGCUCACUGAAGGAUGCCUAUCUUGGAGUAUGGAGGUUGCUGAGAGGUGCUAAUUAUAUAAAGAAGGAUUAUUUGAUAGAAAAUGAGGAGCUACCAAGUCCUUAA